AAUUUAGUCGAAUCGAGGCAGGUGUUUGUUGAUGUACUGCACACCGCACCCCAUCACAGCUUCACCCGUUGUUGGAUACGAAUGGAUAUUCCUUCCRAUGGCAUACAGCCCAAGAUUGUUCUUCAUGGCAAGAGAGACCUCGUUCACCAUUUCCCCAGCGCGGUCGGCCACGAUUGUAGCUCCUAGAAUUUCGUCCGUUCCCUUCUUCACAACGAUCUUGCAAAAACCAACGUUCCUGUUUUCCAACAACGCCCGGUCGUUGUGUUCCAGGCCGGCCCUGUAGACCUCGCAAUCGAUUCCUUCUUUCCGGGCCUGCUCUUCGGACGAUAUUCCGACCGUGGCCAAUUCGGGUUCCGUGUACGCAACGGCAGGGAUCACAAGACUGCUGAGCUUCCAAUCGUCAUUGGCCAUGCUAUUUUGAACCGCCAGUUUCGCCAUUUCUCCGGCCACGUGCGUCAAUCUCGGAACGCCUGCACAGCAAUCGCCGACGGCAAAGACGUUGGGAUUGCUUACCGACCGUGCAUAGUCAUCGACGAUGACGCCCUUUCCGACCUCAAACUCUACGCCGCCGGCCUCCAAACCGCAAUCUUCGACGUUUGCAACCCGUCCGGCAGCAAUUAGCAAGCAUUCGCACUCCAAUUCCUGCUYUCCAACCACCACCUUCAUCAAUGGGAGGCCUUCCUUUCCUUCGCUGACUGUUUCGACGCUAUCAAUCUUGGAGUUCGAGAGAAAUGUAACACCAUCCAGUUCGGUUUGGAUGAUCUCAGCCGCUUCAGGGUCGCCCGCCUUGGAUUCGAAAAGGCGAGACGAGCGGUUCACUACCGUGACCUUUGUCCCCAGGAGAGAGAAUGCUUGGGCCAUUUCCAAAGCAACGACUCCUUUCCAUCGAUGACGAGAUGCAGACGCCCAGCAAGACGAAGAACAAAAGUGAGAUUCGGGGGCACAAAGCAAUUCAGAAARCGUGCAAGUACACGUGCGGCAUGAAUGUUACGCACACGCACCUGCACCCAAGAUGACCAUUUUCGGUGGGAGCUCCUCCAGGUUGAAAAGCUGCUCGUUGGUCGUAAACGGAGCCUCCUUUAGCCCCGGGAUCCCCUCCGGGAUCCACGGCCUGCCGCCCGUUGCCAAGACGCAGGUCUUGAAUUUCAGGGUCUGGCCAUUGACCUCAACCGUGUUCGGGCCCGUCAGCCGCCCCCUCCCCUGGAAGACACGAGCUCCCGCGGCCUCCGUGCCUGGGUGGCCGUCCGCGGGGGCGAUCGCGGCUCGCUUUUGCCGCAGCCGCGCCAUCACCCUCGGAAAAUCGACCGUGAUGUCCCCGCCGACGUCGACUCCCAGCUCGGCUGCCCUUCGUAUGUUCGACACGGCGCGUGCGCUCUGGAUGAGCGCCUUGGAAGGGACGCAGCCCGAGUUAAGGCAGUCUCCCCCGGCCAGGUGUUCCGAUACCAUGGCCGAUUUGCCACCCCGGCGCCCCGUUUGCUUGCUGCUGACCAGUCCCCCGGCKCCGGAGCCGAUGGCGAUGAGAUCGUACUCGGGAGCCGGCGUUUCUUCCAUGGAAGUUACGAAGCUGCGAGGAUGGACCUCGUUCAAAAGUUUGGCGUUGUGCUCGUCGAGGGGCCAGAUCCCAAGAUCGUCUCGAGCCUCUUUGGCUUGAUCCGGGUUGUUCUCUUCCCAUUUCGAAGCGGACGACAUUCUCUUUGUUGAAAAUCUCGUGGACUGGUUUCUGAAGUUGAAGUGCUUGCUGUUGUUUUUGUUGCUGAAUGCCACGAUGGACCUGAAUGCCACGAU